AUGGGAGUGGUUGAAAAGAUCGACUACUCAUAUUGGGCGUCUCCAACAGUGUAUGUUAAAAAGAAAAAGAAAAUUCGAUUAUGUGCAGAUUUCUCGACGGGACUAAACGGAUGUUUAGGGAAGUAUAACUACCUAUUACCUAACCCAGAAGAAAUAUUCUCGAAACUAAAUGGUGAUAAAUUGUUCUCGAAAUUAGAUCUUUCUGAUGCUUAUUUACAAACACAAAUGGAAGACGACUGUACCAAACUUCUAACAAUUAAUACCCAUAAAAGUCUGUACAAAUUUAACCGGCUUCCGUUUGGCAUAAAAGUUGUUCCGGCUAUGCUCUAA